AUGGUGUUUCUCUCCGGAAACGCCUCCGACAGCUCCAACUGCACUCAAUCGCCGGGUCCAGUGAACGUUUCCAAGGCUAUUCUUCUCGGGGUGAUCUUGGGGGGCCUGAUCAUUUUCGGGGUGCUGGGAAACAUCCUAGUGAUCCUCUCUGUGGCUUGCCACCGGCAUCUGCACUCGGUCACUCACUACUACAUCGUCAACUUGGCCGUGGCCGACCUUCUGCUCACGUCCACCGUGCUGCCCUUCUCGGCUAUCUUCGAGAUCCUCGGCUACUGGGCCUUCGGCCGGGUCUUCUGCAACAUCUGGGCAGCGGUGGACGUCCUGUGCUGCACCGCGUCCAUCAUGGGCCUCUGCAUCAUCUCCAUCGACCGCUACAUCGGUGUGAGCUACCCGCUGCGCUACCCGACCAUCGUGACCCAGCGGAGGGGCCUCAUGGCUCUGCUUUGCGUCUGGGCGCUCUCCCUCGUCAUCUCCAUAGGGCCCCUGUUUGGCUGGAGGCAGCCGGCCCCUGACGAUGAGACCAUCUGCCAGAUCACGGAAGAGCCAGGCUACGUACUGUUCUCGGCGCUGGGCUCCUUUUACGUCCCGCUGGCCAUCAUCCUGGUCAUGUACUGCCGGGUCUACGUGGUGGCCAAGAGGGAGAGUAGGGGCCUCAAGGCCGGCCUCAAGACUGACAAGUCCGACUCGGAGCAGGUGACCCUCCGCAUCCAUCGGAAAAAUGCCCCCACCUCGGGCCCCGGCGCCGCCAGCACCAAGAACAAGACACACUUCUCCGUGAGGCUCCUCAAGUUCUCUCGGGAGAAGAAAGCGGCCAAGACGCUGGGCAUCGUGGUGGGCUGCUUCAUCCUCUGCUGGCUGCCUUUUUUCUUGGUGAUGCCGAUUGGGUCCUUCUUCCCCGAGUCCAAGCCCUCGGAAACCGUUUUUAAAAUAGCAUUUUGGCUCGGAUACCUAAACAGCUGCAUCAACCCCAUCAUCUACCCCUGCUCCAGUCAAGAGUUUAAAAAGGCUUUUCAGAACGUCUUGAGAAUCCAGUGUCUCCGCAGAAAGCAGUCUUCCAAGUAUUCUCUGGGUUAUACCCUCCACGCGCCCAGCCAGGCCCUGGAGGGGCGGCACCAGGAUACGACGCGCAUCGCGGUGCGGUCCGGAGAGACCUUCUAUAAGAUCUCCAAGACGGAUGGGGUCUGUGAAUGGAAAUUUUUCUCUUCCCUGCCCCGUGGAUCUACCCGGAUUACAAUGCCCAAAGACCAGUCAGCCUGCACUACAGCCCGGGUGAGGAGUAAAGGCUUUUUGCAGGUCUGCUGCUGUGUGGGGCCCUCCACCCCUGGCGUGGAAGAGAACCAUCAAGUUCCAACCAUUAAGAUGCACACCAUCUCCCUCAAUGAAAAUGGGGAGGAAGUCUAGAGGUCAGGAAAGGUCACAAGGAAGGGGGGACAAACUUAGGUACCAACUC